AAAACAAGUUGUUGGAGGAGCUAUGGGAAAAGAAACACAUAGAUAUAUUAUUGUGAAUUGAUCUGGUCAAUCUAGAAAGCAAUUUGGAUCUAUGCCACAAAAGUCAUUAAAUUGUGUAUGCCCUUGACUCCAGUGAUAACAUUACUAGGCCUAUUCCUCCAAAGAGACCAAAGAAAGAUAAAAAGGACCCAUGUAUAAAAAAUAGUUUGUAGUAGUUCUUUUGGUUGAGGCAUCACUUGGAAAUGAAAGGAAUGGGAAGAUCUUCAUGACAAGAUGAACUGAGAAAAAUCAGGAGAAAAAUUUAUACAUUAACAAAGUUGUAAAGAAAACCUUGAAAGAUGUGAGAAUGUGGAUCAUUGAGAUGACUAACUGACUCGAAAAUACUCACCUCCUAAAAUAGGUAAUGAAUUCAAGAUGCAGAAUGAGACACAUUUAGCCAUGGCCAGUGUGAAAAUUUGUUUUGUAUAACUGUAUAUUUGUUACAAGGGUUUUGUUUACCUAUUUUUUCAAUUGGAGGAAGAAGAGGAGGGAAAAAGAGAAAAUAAAUGCUUUUUCAUUGGACAGAGAAGUUUAAAAAAAAACCAAAAAGAUAAGCUAGAGAUAGAAUUUGAAAUGUUAUAAAUGCCAGGCUGACUACUUUGUAUUUUAUCCUAGAGCCAAAAUUGAAACAAUUAAGAUUCUUAACCUGAAGAAUGAUAAAGUUAGAUCUGUGCCCUAAGAGGAUUUUUUUUUGAUAGUUGGGUGGAAGACAGCAGAGCCUGGGAAUAGGAAGACCAAUUAGGAGAGGUUAUAAGAAAUGAAUUAGGGCCUGAAGUAGCAAUAGCCAUAUGAAUCGACAGGCAGAAAUGUCCUAAAGAUAGAAUUGACAUGAUUGACAACUGAUUGGAAAUAGUUGGUGAAAGAGAAGCUAGGGUCAGGGACUUAGAGACUUACAAAUUAGGGAUUUAGAUGACUGGGAGUAUAAGUGUGCCCUAAAUAAAGAGAGAAAUUUAGAGGAGAAGAAAGUUUAGUGGCUAGAAGAAGAAGAGGAGACAACAUUUAGGUUCAGAGUUGAGUUUUGAGAUUCCAUUGUGAAUCGAGACAUUUUAUAAAGUUAAUAACUGAAAGUUAUGGGAAUAUAUGAGAACAAAGUGAGAUCACUUUGUCAAAAGCAGGCACGUCUAGGGUUACAGAUAGGAAAGACCACAGGAUUCAGAGCUAGAAACCACUCUUGAAAUAAUUUGAAGGGUCUAAAGUGCCUGAAUACUGUAAAGAAAAAUGAGCCCUUUGUCCCUAUACUUUGCUUUAAAUGUUGUAUUGAAGGAUUUCUAAAUUUGGUAGAAAUGUAUUCCUGAGUCACUAAUCACAGCUACAACUUAAUCCAGUCAUACUGAGCCCCCGGGGUCCUAAACUAUGGGCAAAGCAUACAUUUUGCAUAGACCUUUGUUGAUAAUUCAGGACCAUUAACAGAUGAGCUGCCCCGGAGGGCAGAAAUGGUCCUUUUGUAGACACUUAUUCAUUUGCUUGUUUAUAAUAGUAAAGGUCUUUGUUGUUCCUUUUGUCCAGUGAGAAGGAAGAGAGGGAAGGAGGGAGGAGAGUAUGUGAGGCACUCAGUAAAGGAGCUGCUGUGAACAUUUGGCUGAGUGCAGGGAACUAAGACAUGUACCUAAUGGGGCUAUUGCUGCUGCUGUUGCUGUUGCCAUCCCUAUCUCUCCAACACCAGGACCUCUCAGAGAACAAGGUGGCCAUGGGGAGGAUGAUCCUUCCUGCCCUGGAGAAAGCUACCUCAUUCAUGCAGAAGAGAUUCAGGGAGCUUAACCUGGAUGGAGUCUUGGGAUUCUGGGUACUAGAAGUGCAACUAAAAGGUGUCUUGGAGAAAUGGGGUCAGGAGCCGGCCCUAAAGCCCCUGAGCCUGAGGGUAGAGAAGAUAGUGAAGAAGCUGUUACCACUCAUCACCAGAGCCACAAUUUACCUCAAGCUCAGUGACUCUAAGUACUUAAAAGAAUUUCAAGAAACUCUACAGCCAGGAUUUUGGAAUCUUCCCCAUUCAUGGAGCCACACAAACACUUCUCUGAUCUACUCCCAGUUUGAUAACUCAGAUUCUUUUUCAGAAGAAUUAAGUGAUUCAUGUAUGACCCUCUUACUGGGAACCAACCUGGGACUGCUUGCUCCUCAGGAGGGCUCACAGCCCUGCACUGUCACUGAUCUAUGCAAGGAACUCAUGACUAAGCCUGGCUGCAUGGGGUAUGCACUGUCACACCAACUCCUCUAUUUCAUGUUUGCUGAAAUGAAAGGAUGCUCAGAUGGCCUGUUCCUCCAAACCAAAUACUAUAUGGAUAUUUUGUGUGCUAACAUGAUGGCAUUGAACUUGAAAACUGAAGAAGUUGAAUUCCCAUUUCUCAGUCGAGAUAUCUUCAUGGAAAAUAUCAUGUUCUGUGGACUUUCUGGAUACUCAGAUUUCUAUAAGACUAGAUGGCUACAGUCUAUUCUUACCUGGCAACGACCUAAAGAGGGAUGCUUUGGAAAACCUUAUGGUGAUAAUAAACAAUUACCAAGAAUUGAAGACCAACAAUCAUUGAGAAGAGUUAAGAGGAGAGAGAAAGGAUUUGCAGAUGGAUGUUCUUCCCAUAAUACAGCUGUGGCAGUUGCAGCCUUAGGUGGCUUUCUUUAUCACUCUGCAGAACAUUCACCAACCAUCAUCAAGCCUCGUUAAUGCCUCACAACAAUCAAGCAAUAACUAAAAGGUUGAUUUUAUAUCUACUGAAAAUGAAAUACAGCCUUUUUGGUUGUAAUGAAUCCCCUUAGGUCCUGAGAUUGCAUAAAUUCACAAGGAAAGCAAUGGAAAAGUACAAGCAGACAUGCAAAUCAAAACUAAUGUAACAGAAAAUUGAGAUUAGCAGAGUUAGAAGAAUAAAAGUAACAGUAUUGAGUACAUAAAGCAAAACUGGUCACCCAGAUUGAAAUCUUAAUUUAACUAACAUUAGGUAGCUCCUAUGUGUGGACAACUUGCAAGGUGCUGAGGCAAAACAAUGAUGAAUAGAUCAUUGUGUCUCAUGGAGUUUUACAAAGUGCAUGUUCCUAUUUACUCCUAAUAUAACAUUCCUGGAAAGGUAAAUUCUAGUCAUCCAAUUCCAGGAAACUUUGAGGCUGGGUAUUCUCAGGCUCCACAAUUUUCAUUUAUUCUUAAUUUAGUUGGAAAGGCAGAUAUAACAAGUAUUUAUCUGACUUUCUAAGAAUGAAAUGGCAUACUGCUUAGCAAUUGAAGCAAUAUACUUUCAUAACAUGCCUAUUGGGUAAGACUAUAGAAAAUUUUCUUCUCACAGUCUCCUUGAUUCCCUAAUGGAAUCUAUAGAAAAUAAAUGCAUUAUGAUUAGAAAAUAUUUCAAUUUCAGUCUUUUUUCUCUAGCACCUAUUGUCUGGAUUCUAGCAGGAGCUAAGUAAAUGCUUGUUAAUUAUUGGUCCUACUUCUAAUUUGAAUUGAUUAUUCACAAUGUCCACAAAUAAGGGUCUUGUUGCUUCAGUUGAUUUACUGAGUCAUUAUUAUGUGUCCUUAAUAACACAGUUCUUCAGUCAUUUGACAGUGACCCAAAUCUGAUCUGUCAUCCACAGCUCAGUUCCUACUAAAAUCAUAAUAUUCUGUGUAGCCAUCCAUAUAGAAAUUGUUUCAUAAAAGCUCUGUCUACCCUAAUAAACUUAAACUUGUAUUGAA